GAAGUGUAGGAGGAGAGCGCAGCAGCAACAGGUGCCUCCUCUCUCUCCUCUCCUCUCCUCUCCUCUCUCGCCUCGCAGCAUCUUCUCCAUUCUGGCACCGGGAGGUUUUCCAGGUUCGGGUCUUUCUGGCAGGGAUCCGGUCUGUUUGCUGAACUGCUUCAUGUGAUUCUUUUUAUUCGUGAACUUUUCUGGGUUUUUUCUUGUUUAUUUCUCACAUUUUGAAGCGGCGAACCGAACUUUAAAUGCGCUGAAAUCCCGCCGCCGCCCCAAACCGCGCAGACAGCAGGAUGCCCGUCCUAUCGAGCCCCGACGCCGCCAACAGGUUCAGGGAGAGCUGGCUGGACCAGGCUGCCGGUUCCGGUUCUGCCCCCCUGGAUGACAGCCUCACCAGCCUCCACUGGCUACAGAACUUCUCCAUCCUGAGCGCCGACCCGGAGCGGCUGGCCGGUACCGGCCCGGAGUGCCCGUCCUCCCAGCACCACCUGCUCCUCAGGCGGCUCGGCUUCCCCAGAACCGGGACCGACUCUCCGUCCAGCCCGCCGGCCGGGGACACGGCGGCGGCCGCCGGGAUGCCGCGGUACCCGGGCAGCCCCGCAACCUCCGGCAGCCAGACUACCGCCGCGCCUCCGCCGCGGUUCUCCCCGCUCCCCGCUCCGGGCUUCCCGGUCCAGGCGGGCCCGCAGGUGGAGGUGGACUACCGGAGCAACCCGAAGGUCAAGCCGCCCUACUCCUACGCCUCUCUCAUCUGCAUGGCCAUGCAGGCCAGCAAGCAGCCCAAAGUCACGCUGUCCACCAUCUACAGCUGGAUCACAGACAACUUCUGCUACUACCGACACGCAGAGCCCAGCUGGCAGAACUCGAUCCGUCACAACUUGUCCCUCAACAAGUGUUUCAAGAAAGUCCCGAGGCAGAAGGACGAGCCUGGGAAGGGGGGCUUCUGGCAGAUAGACCCUCAGUAUGCCGACAUGUUCGUCAACGGCAUCUUUAAGCGCAGGAGGAUGUCUGCCAACCACUAUGGCGGCAGCGCUGCAGCAAGGCAGAGCAAGCUGGUGGAGGGCUUCCCCAGCAGCUGUCCUCACCAGGCGGGCGCCAAGCGGAAGCAGCCGUCCUCCACCGACUGCAGCAAGCUGAUGCGCUCCACAGAGUCCCCGCUUCUCGCCAUGGAGGCCAACAAAGCGGACAUCCUGAAGGGGGACUUUGACCUGGGGUCCGUGUUCGAUGACGUCCUCGGCGGCGGCUGCAGCACCUUCGAGGAUCUGGACCUGAACUCGGCUCUGAGCUCGCUGGGCUGCGAGGUGGACUCAUCCAUGAACGGCCGGCACCACGCGGCAGGCCUGGGCCGGUGGUGCGGCAGCACGGAUGUGACCCACUACCCAUCCUGCAGCUACCUGGACCUGAGCGCCGCCGCCAUGGACAGCACCGCUGGCGUGUUGCAGCCACUGCAGAGGCCACAGCUGGAGCAGGACCAGCUGCUGCAGGGACAACACCAGCUGCAACAACUGGACGAGUCCGCCACGCUGUUCGGCGAGCAGCCGGCGGACGCCGCGCUGCAGCCGUGGGAGGAGGUUAAAGAGGAGCCGCAGGUCAUUCCCCUGACCCUGGAUCCGGGCUUCGGCCUUUACGAGGGUUUCUUCACUGAGAUGCAGCAGUGGGAGCGAGUGGAGAGUUACCUGUGAACUCAGAUCUCCAUCCCACCGCUGGGCGGCUCAAUGAAACGUAAACCAGCUACUCAUCUCAUCUCCUCUAAUCCGAUCCAGCAACCACUGAAUUAUUCAUCCACCCUGAUGAGCCAUUAUGAACACCGCGCUGACUGAGCAGGUCUUCGUGUCUCUGGAACCGGUUUCUUUGGGUCAGGUGUCAGAUCCCAUCAGGUCAGAAUUUGGGGAGUAAACUCAUCAUGAUGACAUUCAUCUUCUUCUAGCCUUUAAUAAGUUAUUUUCUGCAGCCCGGUUCAUUUUGUGCCAUUUUGUUCCAAUCUACUUUCAUUUCAUACCUGUAACCAAUUCGUUAUGUUUCCACUUAGUUAACCAAUGAUAUCAGUGUAUUUUUCUUUGUAGUUGUCUGUUUUAAUGAAUAACUAGUUAUAGAAUAGUUCGAUCUUAUUACAGAGAGRUUCACAAGUCAUUCUUUUCCAAGACAGGUCUGAAAGCAUGUUGACCACUUUGACCUUUUGCCAUUUCAUGUCCAACCGUCUGUCAGGGAGUAUCCACCAGGGGGCGUUUGGUUUAUAAAGCAUAAUCAACUUUUUUUGCUGAUAAACUGUCUAAAUAGGUUCUUAAGAGUUCAGUUGUUAUGUUUCUGUUUGCCAUCAUGUGGGGAGUCAUCAACUGGAAGUACACUGUCAGACUUUUUACAUAAACUGGAAAGUGCAUCAUGCAUAAACUGUAUAAGGAUCUUAGGGUGACAGAGGAUCUUGGGGUGACAGAGGAUCUUGGGGUGACAGAGGAUCUUGGGGUGACAGAG